GGCAGUCGAAUUUCGAACUCUACGCCAAUUGUACUGUGUCAUGUAAUUUAACAAAGUUUUGUGAUAUUCUAUGCCAUGUCAAACAAUUCUAAUAAAAUGUUUUUAAUUAAUAUAAGAUUAUUUUGAUAAUUUUUAAUUAAUUCAGUUUUUAGUUUACUUAUAAUGAUUUAAUAUAAGAUAGUAUUAAAAUUAAAAUGUGUAUCAUAUGUUUAUGUGUUUUUAUAAGGAUAAUUGUUGGAAUGUAACGUUAAAAAUAUUUUAUGAAUGUCAACAACAGUCUAAAAUUAAAUUGCCCUACAUUUGGAUACAAUAUAUACUUUACUGUAAAUAUAUAUUUACUGAAAUAGGUGAGAAAAUUGUUUUAUGAUUUUGUACAAAGGUUGAAAAAUGGGACACGGAAAUACUAGUGUGUACCCUUGGGGUCCAGCCGACGUGUGUCCAGGAGGUUUAAUAUUGCCAAUUCUUGAUGAAAGAUUAUGGCCUAUUAAAAUCCGUGUUGCAGUAUAUCUAUUGACACUUUUGUAUUUUCUCUUGGGAAUAUCAAUAGUAACAGAUGUAUUUAUGACUGCGAUUGAUAAAAUAACAAGCCAUACGAAAAAAAUUUACCUUGCCAAAGAAUUAUCAGAAAAUGGCUCAACGGCUGUGCUCAAACCAGAUCAACCUGAAGUAAUAGAAGUUCGUGUAUGGAAUCCCACCUUAGCAAACCUUACUUUAAUGGCUUUGGGUACAUCGUCACCUGAAAUUUUAUUAUCUAUCAUCGAAACUAUUGGUCAUCAUUUUGAAGCUAGAAAACUUGGUCCUAAUAUUAUCGUUGGAUCUGCCGCAUUUAAUUUAUUGAUCAUUACUAGUCUUUGUACACUCACUUUAGGAGUAAAUGAAAGGAGAAGAAUACAUGAUCUAAAAGUAUUUUUAGUUAUUGGAGCAUUUAGUUUUUUUGCUUACAUUUGGCUUAUGCUCAUAAUUGAAGUAAUUUCCCCUAAUGUAAUUGAACUAUGGGAGGCAGCCAUGACGUUUUUAUUGUUUCCCGUACUUAUGUUAUUUGCGUAUGCUACAGACCAAAAUUGGUGUGUCACAAAUCCUAUUCACAAUAAACAUCAAAUGGAUUUAGUAUCCGUGGAAGAUCAAAAUAAACCACAUAAUGAACCCAUUUUCAGUGAUGGUAAAAUAGACAAAGAAAACUUAAUUAAAUUUGUCAAAAGUGUAAAGAAGUUCCCGGGAAUUACCGAUGAAGAUGCAGCAAAACUAGCUGCUACGAAAUUAGUAGCUUCGACACACCAUGGCACCAUGUGGUACCGAAUUGGAGCCGUCAGAAUGUUUACGGGUGGCAAGCAAAUUGAACCAGUACUUAACGAUAAUCUAAAAAAGGUUUACAAUGUAUUAAACUGUACUGGAAAGGAAGAGUCAUUUAAAACUUUACCAACAGAUUUUAAUGAUGAAAAAUACUCAGUGGUUGAAUUUCAUGCUCCAACCAUUGCAGUAAAAGAAAAUAUUGGAAAAUUUCCCAUUACCCUUUGGAGGCAUGGAAAUUUGAAGUCUAGAGCAGCCGUUAGAGUUGAGAGCAUUAACGGAACAGCUAAAGAAGGUGAAGAUUAUGUUAAAGUCAAAGAAAUUGUCUGGUUUGAGGAAAAUGAAGAAGAAAAACAAAUAUAUAUCGAAAUAAUUGACGAUAACCAAUGGGAACCCGAUGAAGAAUUUUUCCUCAGAUUGUCAGUUUUCCAUCAAAAAGAAUAUUUAGUAAAACUUGGAAGUUUGUCUAUUAUGGAAAUAACAAUAAUUGAUAAUGACGAACCGGGUAUCAUAAGCUUUGGUAAACGAGGAUUAUUAGUGAAAGAAAGCGCUGGUGUUGUGGAAGUUCCCAUUAAUAGAACACACGGUUCUGACAGCGAAGUUACUGUUAAGUGGAGAACUAUAGACGAAUCAGCCAUCUCUGGAAGAGAUUACGUAGGAGGUCAAGGAGAGAUUGUGUUUAAAGACAAAGAAGUUUCUAAAGUGUUGACAAUUGAAAUCAUCAAUGAUAUGUGUCCAGAAAAAGAUGAAUGUUUUGAAAUUGAAUUAUUUGGUGCUACUGGAGGCGCUAAAAUAGGAAAUAUCAAUAGAAUAGCUAUAACUAUAAGUAGUGAUGAUGAUUUUGAUUCGGUUGUUGAUCGUUUAAUGUUGCUGACCAAUAUUAAUAUUCAUGCGAUUGAGUUGCAUCGACAAUCAUGGGCAGAACAGAUAAAAUCCGCUAUGACUGUUAAUGGUGGUGAUUUGGAAAAUGCUACAACUUAUACUUACGUCCUACACUUUUUAUCGUUUUUCUGGAAGGUAUUGUUUGCAUUCAUUCCACCGGCGGCUAUAUUCAAUGGCUGGUUAAGGUUUUUUUCAUCAUUAAUAUUAAUUGGGCUCAUGGCAACAAUAAUUGGAGACUUAGCCACUAUUUUCGGAUGUCUGAUAGGUUUAGAUGACAUUGUAACGGCCAUAACAAUUGUGGCCUUGGGGAUGUCAUUGCCGGAUAUCUUGGGAGCGUGCAUGGUCACCCGAGCAGAAACCCACGCUGAUGAAGCUAUGAUUCAUAUUGCUGGUUCAAUAGCGGUCAAGGUUCUUAUGGGCGUUGGUUUACCAUGGUUUAUAGCUGCAUUAUAUCACUAUCAACACGAUCACUUUUUCAAAGUUCCGUCCAAUCAAAUAGGAUACAAUGUAUUAUUGUACUGUAUAAUGGCUAUUUUAGCUGUAACAAUAUUAAUGAUUCGCAGAAAUAUCUAUUUUUUCGGAAAGGCCGAAUUAGGUGGCCCUCAAAAAGGACGAUACAUUACUGUCGGGAUAUUUGUCACUCUGUGGGUAGUUUAUCUAUCUAUUACAUCAUUUAAGACUUUUUAAUUUUAUUAUGCGGAGUUUAUUUGUUGAACACGUGAUAUAUUACCUACAACACACACUAAUUAGUUAUUCUUUUCUUUUCUAUUCUAUAUUAGACAUUAAUUAUACGAUCAAUGUAAAGAAUUAUAGCUCUACUUAACAUCCUAACUUUUAUAGACAUUAUUUGAGCGUAAUGUUAUUAUUAAUAUUAAUCACCCAGUUGUAUAUAAAUAUUAAAACUAAUAAAUUAACUUCUCAUUGUAUUAUAUGGAUAAUAUGCUGUAGAAGAGAAUAGUAAGCUAAUGGAAAAAGAUGCAGUAAUGUUUAAAAUAAAAAAUCCAUUCUUAUUAUUUUUAAAAAAUCUUUUCUCUUCUUAUCCAAGUACUGAUCUCAGUCUACAGUAUUUUAUACGUGCUAGGAAAUACUUAUAAGAUUUUUAUUUUCAAUUUAAUGUUUUUUAAUAAUAAUACUUUUAAUAAUAUUUUAAUUAUUUUUUUAUUUUUAAUAAUGUGAUGUUUUUUUAUAAGUACUUAAAUAUAAUGUAUUUUUUAUUGAUUGUUUUUAAAUGAAAUAAAUUUUAUAAAGUUAUUUUCAACUUGAUUCUAUAUUAAUUUUUAAACUUUUUUUGAUACAUUAUCAUCUUUUUAGCGUCUUCAAACAUUGACUUUUAUCAAGAAAACUAAAAGUUUUAAAAAUUCUUAUGAUAAAUAUUAUUAUAUAUAAUAUAACACAAUAUAUUAUUAAAUUUUAUUUUAAACUAAAUGUAUGUAACAAAAUUGAAGUUUUUAGGAUGAAAAAAUUAAGAAUGUUUAGUUGGUUUUGAAACGACUUUCUUAUUAGUAGUUAAGUACAAUUUAUAUUAAAUGUCUAUAAAUUACAUAAUAUUAAGGUAAAGUAGUCAUGUAUAAAUAUUAUGAAUCUAGUAUAACAAUUUAUUUAAAAUUUAAAAUCUCUUAAAAAAAAAAUGUUGGUCACCGAUUUGAUUAAUAAAAAUAUUUUUUUGAUUAA